AUGUCAUCUUGGUGUAAUAUUCGAUGGUUACUGUUACAGUUCAUUGCUGGACAAUUUACUAUACAUCAUGGUGAAGCAGUUUGGCCUUUGUCCAACUCUUCUCAUAUACAAUUACUAGGUCUUUUUCGAGACAUAUCAUAUGUAUCUGAAACUACGAAAAUCUCCAUACAUUCACACGCUAUGUUUCAAGCAGCAAUACUACUUUCACAAAAAUACAAUAUAACUAUCGAAGGACAAUAUCUAGGAUGGCAAAUAGCACAAACCAAUGGUGAUCUAAUUGAUGCUUUAAGCAGUGCCUGCUUAGCAAUAUCUACUUCGAACGUAGUUGGUAUUGUCGGACCAGAACUCUCGCGAGAAGCACACAUUCUUGCCGCUUUAGGAAAAGCAGUCGGUAUUCCUGUUGUAUCAUUCUCGGCAACUGAUCCUGAUUUAUCGAAUCGAAUUGCAUAUCCUGCUUUCUAUCGAACAGUUCCAUCGGAUAUCAUCGCUGCAGCGGCAAUAGUCAAAUUAUUCAUUCGAUUUAAUUGGACUUCAUGCAUUAUUAUCUAUCAAAAUGAUGUUUACGGAUCCGGUGGUGCAAAUGCAAUUAACAGGGCAUUUCUUGAUAAUGAUUUAACAGUUAGAGAAAUGCUCAUGUUUGAUAUUGCCACGUUGAAUAUACGAGGUGAUUUAAAAAAUUCUCUAAAAACUAGUCCGACACGAAUAAUAUUGGUAUGGGCUCAACCAAUGUAUACAUCUUUAAUUGUGGAGAAUGCACUGAUGAACGAUGUACUCGGUCCGCAAUUUACAUGGAUAUUAAGUACCAGUAUUCCAUUAAAAUCGUUCAACUUAACCUAUCGUCAAAAAUUAAUUGGAAUGUUAAGUAUCGAACCGGUUAUUGGUAGUGUUGUUCACGCACCUAUCAAUACAACAUUAUUAGAAGCGGCAUAUAAUAUCUGGCAACAGUAUGAACCAGAGACGUUUCCUGGACCAGGAAAAGUAGCGGACUACGCUCUCUUUGCCUUUGAUGGGACGUGGUUAUUGAUUCAAGCAUUGAACACAUUUUGUUCUACGACCAAUCUCAAUUCUUCUUUCUGUACAUCACAUAUUGAACCUACAUAUUGUUUUGAUCGUCGAUUUUCUGACUCUGACUUGUUUCUUCAUACAGUUAGUAUGACACGCUUUAUUGGUGUAUCUGGUCCCAUGCAAUUCAGUGUUAAUGAAACAGAUCGAAUAAAUGGUACAUACUAUUAUCUAAGAAAUGUACAGCCUGCAUCCGAUAGCAUUAGUUUCGUACCAGUAGCGGAAUAUUUUGAUCCUGAUCAUUGGGCAACAUAUGAAGGAGCGAAUGUCAUUAUCUGGCCAGGUAAUUCAUUAGUACCACCUACUGGCCAAGCACUACUUGAAGGCGUUAAUUUACGUAUUGGUGUGGUUGAAUCAACACCAUUCACGAUUAUUACCAAUAGUAUUGAUGAAUUUAAUCAGAAUAUUACCAAAUUAGUUGGUUAUGUACCUGAUCUAAUUGAACUUUUACGAAUAAAAUUAAAAUUUAAUCCAACGAUUACAUUAGCACCAUCGAAUCAGACGUAUGCUCAAUUAGUCGACGCAGUAGCCGAUGGUGUCUAUGAUAUAGUGAUUGGUGAUGUAACGAUUACGGCUGCACGACGCGAACUAGUAGCUUUUUCUAAUUCCAUAUUUGAUAAUUCUUUACGUAUUGUCAUGCGUAACACGCCUGCAGUUAAUGUCGAUCUUCUCUCGUAUAUGAAUCCAUUUUCUCGUACUCUCUGGUUGCUUAUCUUGAUCGGUUGUGUCUAUGCUGGUCUUCUAUUGAGUGUCAUUGAACGACAAGAAAACGAAGCAUUACGUCAUAGAUCGCUCAUUUCUUCUGUGGCAAUGAGUAUAUGGUAUUCGUUUGGUAAUCUUGUGGGUUAUGGUGUAGAUUUCGAUGUUGCAACAGCUGCUGGACGUUUAUUGACAAUGGGUUUAUAUAUGUUAAGUCUCGUAUUAGUAGCCACGUACACAGCUAAUUUAGCAUCAGAUUUGACUAUAUCGAAAUCGAAAGACACGAUUUCUGGUAUUGAAGAUAUGAAAAAUGGCAAGAUACCAUUCAGUCGUAUUGGUAUACGUCUGGGGACAGCAAGUGAAGACUUUUAUCUUCGAGAGAUCUCCAAUGGAAUUCAAAAUUUUUAUCCAUUAAAAUCUCGACAAGAACAAUAUAAUAGUCUGUUGGCAGGUAUUAUCGAUGCCACGUUUUUGGAUGUUGGUGUAGCAGAAUAUAUGACUAAUAAUAUUUAUUGUAAUUUAACAUUGGUUGGAUCCGAUAUUGAUAAGAGUGCAUUUGGUAUUGUCACUCCAAAACAAUGGCUUUAUGCACAUGAUUUAGAUGUCAAUAUCUUAUCAUUGAGAGAAAAUGGUGCACUGGAUGAAUUGAAACGUAAAUGGUUUCAAUCAAGAACAUGUUCGUUAUCAUCCGAAAUAUCUACGACGAUUGAAGUAGAAGCGUUAGGUGGUUUAUUUCUCUCAUUUGCUGUUAUUACUACUCUAUCAUUAUUAUUGUUUCUGUGGUAUAAACGAUUCAUUAUCGCAAAUUAUCUAUUAUUACACUUAGGAAGAAUGAUCCGCAACUAG